GCUGUCAGUUGUGUGAAUUUAUUUAAUUCUAAAUGACUUCAGUCGUGUGGUAGAAAAGUGUGCUAAUUUGCUUUAGCUAGCUUGCUGCUUAGUAAACAUACCCUCCUCUACCAAAUGUACCGCGCUAGUCAUUCAGCCAAUCACAAUCGCUAAAACGAAGGGACGCAGGGACGCUUUGCGUCGUGACGUCACAUCCAAUGAGUGAACCCGCUGAAAAUUUAAACCGACUACAGUCUAGUCGUCUCUGCUGGACAGACCAACCUAUGCAACAGUAGAAAACGAGCCAGGGAAAGCGAUGGAGAUAAUGAACGUGGAGCACAUCAAAAUGUACUUUUAUAAAAAUAGAUUGAAAACAUAUAUGGGAUGGCCAUUUGAGGAGGGCUGUGCGUGCACUCCUGAAAAUAUGGCCAGAGCGGGCUUUAUUCACACUCCUACGGAGAACUGCCCGGACGUGGCGCAGUGCUUCUUCUGCUACAAAGAGCUAGAAGGCUGGGAGCCCGAGGACGACCCAGCGAAGGAGCACGUAAGCCACUCGCCGUCCUGCGGCUUCGUUUGUCUGAAGAAGCCCGUGGAGGAGCUGACCGUGGAAGAGUUCCUCAAACUGCAGAGGGACAGGCAGAAGUUUCUGAUCAAAAAGAAGUGUGCUCAGGUGAUUGAUAGGUUUGUGCAGGCGGCUCAGGUUCGGAGAUCGGAGAUAAUAAAGACGGCGAUGGAGGAGUGAAGGGGGCGGUUGGGGUUGGCUCCUGGUCUGUCCCCGGCGCUGUGCGGCCGUGCUGGGACCCGCGCCGUGUUAUUUAUUUAUAUUGCCUUUUUAAUCGAUAAAGGGAAUCUGGGAUUUCUACUUUCACCUCUUAAGAUUUCUUUGCCGAUUGUAAAUAAAUGCUCAUCUGCAAAUAUUUGUUUAGCGUUUUUGGUAUUUUCAGGGGGUUCUGGUAUUCUCAGACUGUACAAUAUGUAAAGUGUGGUGCCAUUUAAAAUGAAAAAAAAAUAAAAAAUUAUAUUCUUCCAUACUAA